GUAAACACCACUGACUAAACAAUCAUUAUUAAUUAUUAUUGUUUAAUUAAAUUUAAUUAAAUUCCAUAGAUAAAGAAGUAGUUUAUAAUAUUAAUAUUGACAAUUACUAUAAAAUAGUGUAAAUUCAUUCUAAAUUUAUAUCACUUUCACAAGUAUUAAUUUCCAAUUUAUUAUUUAUUUUAUUGACAUAUUUUGUUCUAUUGGAUAUAUACUUAUUACUUAUAGGUAUACUUUGUUAAUUGAUAAUUUCAGUUAAUUUGAAUUCAUGGAUUUCAAAUUUAAAGUUCUAAACUAUAAUUUAUUACAGUUUUUAGCUUGUUUUUAAAUAUUCAUUAAGUAAGAGUUUGUUAGAUAUUUGUUUUAAGUUAUCAUCCUUCAACUAUGGACCAGAUGGCACCUUCAUUUCAUAACCAUUUAAAGAAUUUUGUUGUAGCUGCCAAACAAUAUUCAUAUUGCCACGAUGAAUCAUCUUUUAAUGGAGUUCUCUGUUCAUUACAGAUCCUUGGACAACAAGAAUUUGUUUUUAAUUCUAAAGAUACUUUAAGACAUGAGUUUUGUAUUAACUUAUAUGAACUGAUGAGGAAUAUUAAUGAUGAUUCUGAGAUUAUGUGGGCUGCUGUUAAUUUAUUGCAAUCUAUUGUAAAACAAGGAUUUUUUCAAAACACAAUACUAAACAAUAAUGAAUUUACACUAAUUCUAACAAAAUUACUAAAAGAUGAAUUAUCAUUAGAUAAAAAAAUUAAAAUACUCAAAUUACUUCAGGAAUUGACAUAUAGAAUGAAAAUACAAUGGCAGGAAGGCCAUUCAUCUGAACUAAUAAGUCUGUUAGUAAAAUGGAUUUCAACUGAAGACAAAGAUCUUAUAUCAUUUAGUCUUGGGGUUUUAGUAAAUGUGUGUUGUAAAAACAAAUUUGCCAUGUUUACUCUUGUGAAAUGUACACAUUCUAAAUCCUUCAUGCGUCUACUGUUAAAAUUACAAUCUGAUGAUAUAUUCAUCAAAGUUCAAGUGUAUAAAUUAUUAUUAGUUUUAGAACAAGUAUCUGGUCAGAUACCUGAUGUUGAUGUUAACAAUUUAAUUGAUGUAACAUUUGUUGUUUUGGAAGAAGGUCUUAAACUAAAAAAUGUGUUUGUUCUACGCCACGCAGUAGACUUUUUUAUUGAUAUAAGUGAACAUUCACGUUGGAAAAACUCUGUUUUAGAAUAUAAUGGCUACAAAACAAAUUUAAUUAAAAUAUUGGAAUCUACAAACAAUUUUAAACACAUUGAGAAGUCUCAAAACAAUUAUCACAUUACAUUACAAAGUGUGGACUUAGUUUUACAAUUUGUUCAUCAUGUUAUUCAAUUCAAAAAUGAAGAUUUAAUAAUAUUAUAUCCUAAAAUUAUAAUGUACAUUUUGCAUUGGACUCAAUUUUCAAAUCUUCAAAAACAAGCAAUGUCAAUUUUACAAACAAUAAUUAUUAAUGUAAGAAGUUAUGAAAGUUACAUGGAUCAAACCCUUAAAUGUGAUAUUCAUGAAAAUCUGGAAAAGAGUUUAAAUGUAUUGCUAAUUGUUUUAUUUGAACCAAAUACAAAUGUAGAAUAUGAUUCAAUUACAUGUACAUGGAAUAAAUAUGCAAUAUGCUUGAGACUUCUUCAAGAAAUGUUAAAGAUGAAAAAUCUAUAUAAAAUAAUUGAAGAAAAACUUCAUAUUUCAUCUCUUCAGUCUUUAUUUCAUUCUCUGAUAUUGGUUGAUAUUAACAAUUUAAAUAAUUUACAAAAUAUCACAAAUGUAUACAUUGAAGCGCUGUGUUUUCUAACUGAAUUACUGGCUAAAAAUCCUACAUGGAUGUCUUUAUAUUCUGAAAUAUUGAAUCAGAAACAUGUUUAUCAUGUACUAGCAUUUAUAAUUUAUAAAGGUUCAAAAAAUAUGAAACAAAAAGUAUUAGAUCUCAUAACUAAAUUUUCACAACAAAGUACUUUAAUGUUAUCCGAUUGCUUGGAAGAAAUAGAACAAUUAUCUUCAGCUAAAGUAAAAAAUGCGACAACUAUAAAUUCAGAUGAGACUGAAAUAAAGCCACUAUGUUCAUUUUCUCAAGAAGAACAAUUAAAUGUGUUCAUUGAUAAAUUAGAAAAUAUAUUCAAUUCUAAUGAAAUACUUAAUAUAAAAACAAGUAAUGUCAUUACAUUAUAUCAGUACAAAAUGAAUACAUUAAAACAAACUGAAGUGUGGUUAAAACAAAGUCUUGAUAAUGCUUCUGAAGAAAUAACACGGUUAAAUUAUAAAUUAGUUUGUUUAAAUAGUGAAUCAGUGCAACUGAAUCAAAUGAUAUUAGAUGUUCAUCAAGAAAUCGAAGAUUUAACAGUAGAAAACAAAGAUCUAAAAAAAAAAUUAAAUAAUAUUACUGAACAAUUUACUACAACUAGUAAUAACUUUGCAAAACUAUCACGAAAUUAUGAAUCAAAACGUCAAAUUAUUGAAGAGCAGAAUUCUUCAAUAAAGAACCUUGAAAAACAAUUAGAAGAGCUAUGUUUAGAAAGCAAUAAAAUGAAAGCUGAUUUACUGGACCAAUUAAAAAAUGAAAAAACAGAAAAUAAAAUUCAAGUUUCAAAAUUGGAACAACAAUUAACAGAAAAACAAAGUAUUAUAAUUGAAAAAUCUGAGGAAAUCAAUAACAAAAUAUCAUUUAUUAGAAAUCUAGAAAAUCUUGGCUUAGAAAAGGAUAAAGAUAUUAUUGAUUUGCGUAAGCAACUACAAGAACAACAAAGAGUUCGGGAAAUGAUAAGUCAAAUGUUGGCUGCUACAUCCACUAAACCUUAACCAUCAGAUUCAAUUGACUGAUUCAAUUUGUGUUCCUAUGUAAAAUCUAAAGCCUAAAUUGUUGAGAAAUUGUUUUUAUAUUUAUUAGAAGUUAAUUAACUUCACUAAAUCAACUUAACAAGGUAUUUUUAAAUCAUAGUUUUUACUUAUUCUGUAAGUAUAGUUUUCUUAUGACAAACAUUUUAUUUAAAAUUCACAAAUAGUUAUGAUUUGAUUAUUUAAAGAAAUUCAUGAAUCUAAAGAUAGCAUUAUUUCUUAUUAUAAUGUUAUAGAGUAUACAAAGGUAUAUUGUGUUAAAUGAAAACAAUUUUAAUUUUAAAACUUUAAAAAGGAAUAUUUCAUGUAAUUGUAAUUUAAUGUUUUUUUUUUUAAAAUACAGUAAACAUUUUUUAAUAAUUCUCUCACAACUUCACUUGAAAUAAUAUAGAUACAUCAUCAACCACAAUUUGAUGUAUAAUAUCAUUCACGUUGAUUCAAAUUAAUACAAUAGGUACAUUAGAAACAAUCCGGUCUUGUUAAUAUUGUAUUGCUUUAUAAACAAUUUAUAAUAUAGGAAAUAAUAUUAAACUAGACAAAUGUAUUGUUAUAAUAAACUGUGAUUAAACUUAUCUUAAUCUUUAUUGAAAAAAAAACAGUUUUAUAAUGUAUAAGUUACUAUUAUUCAAAUAUAAUUACCUGUAUAUAUUUUAUGUUUAAUUCUUUGUAUAUAUUAUAAGUUACUGUAAUCAAUGUACCAUUGACCUAUUUUAUUAUUGAGGUGAUUUAUAGUUAUAUUUAUUAUUGUUUAAUUGUAAAGUUUAUUAUUUAGUAGUUUCAUAAUUGCAUAUUGAUAUA